AUGAAUUCUCGAUCACCUCAACCAUGUCGUCGUGUAAGACUCCUAUCAGCGCUAAAGUUAUCCGAAAAGCCCAAGGAUUUAGGGAUAACAAGGAAAAAUUUUGCACGUGCCAAAGCUUACGAAAUGGCACAUCCGAUCCCUUAUGUGGCACCUACAAUUCACGUUCUACAAACACGUCGACAUCUUAUAGAUACGCUUGUCAAAGAUCGCAAGGUCCCUGUUCGCGAUCCACCUCAGUUCCCUGUGAAUCGGAACUUCAGUCAAACAGUCAUCUACACCUUUGAUGAUGUUAAGGACGAGCCUGAACUCAGCGAAUGUAGUGGGGACGAUGAUGUCUAUCUGGCUUCAGCACCUCGAAUUCAGAAUGAAGACCAGAGUACACCAGAGGCCAUUGAUUUUCCGCAGUUGGCUAUGCCCGACUUCCCUUCGCCCCUCCUAAAAAGUGAAUGCGAUGUAAUUUCUUGGUCACCAUCCACGCCGGUCAGAGCUCAUAAAGGAAACAAGCACACUCCAUAUAGCAGAGUGUCCUCGACUCUCGAGACCCCGAUGCUUACAGUGUCCUCUUCUUCCGCCACAUCAAAUGUGGUAACAACUCCUGGUUCUUUUCCAACUACGCCAGCAUCAUCGUACAUGAUUCAGUACUCAAGUGGUCAAUGUUUUUCUUCCACUCCAAUCACUCCAAGAUCCUCGAGUAACAAACCAACUAUACCACUUGCUAAGCCAAUCAUCAAGCUCCACACAAUCAAUGAGCAACUACUCUCACCUUCGGACCUACCCUCGCCGUCUUUGGUGAAGCUUGAUCACCGUAAGCCAGGCCCAGAGAUCUUGGCCGGUUUAGAUUUUCUCACGAAGUUUUAUGCUCGCACAAAUCUGAAUGAUUGA